UCAUGUCAAAGACAUCCCCAGAAGUAACUCCUGACACCCAUUUACAGGAACCUGCAGCACCAGUAGUUGAAGAUUCCAUCGGAAAAGGGCAAAAGUCUGCCAUGUUAAAUCGUUUAUUAGGGAAGGGCAGCUAUGAAUCAUUUGAUAUGAGAUGCAUGGUAACCGGUCAAUUUUCUGUUGGGAAAACGACUCUUGUGAAGCUGUUAGCUGGGGAUGUCCUACCAGAAGGGCGACAUCCAACUGAUGGGAUUUCUCUGGUAGAAGGUCGCUGUGGCCUCGACAUUCAGUCAAAAGAGUGGAUUCUUGUUGAUCCAGACUCUUACAAUGCCCUGGAUGUUGUGUACCAUAAGGUUUUAAUGACCUCUCUGGAAGAAGAGGAGGAGAGUGAACUUACCAACAAAGCUUCAGAUACAAGCCCAACUGGUUAUGCCAAAGCUACACUUUCCUCUUUGCCCUCAGAACAGUCUGCAGCAGCACAAUAUCUACCAUCUACCAAAUCCUCCAAUGUGCCUCACAUGGUAAAACAGAUGGAAAAGAAAAUGAGAACAAGAAUGACUAAAGAAGAAAUAAGAAAGAAAAUGGAAAAGGUCCUCAAAAGUGGGAAGUAUAAGAUGAAAGUUGGACGUCUUAUCUUCUGGGAUUUUGGUGGACAAUAUGUUUAUCUAACAACACAUCAGACCUUCAUGACGUUCCGGGCAUUGUUUCUUGUAGUAUUUGAUGGGAGCAAAGAUUUGCACGAACAGGUCCCUGAUGUGAUGUGUUUUCCAGGGCAGCACAUGACGCCAACUCCAGCAGUAUUCUUGCAAUAUUGGGUCAAUUCCAUCUUGACCUAUUGUAAGGUUGUAUAUGCAGGCAUUCCAAAGAUCUUGUUUGUUGCCACUCACAAGGACAAAGUACUAACGGAGAAUAUUGAGAUCACACGUGAAGAGCUUAACAGAGGAAUUGAGGAGUUGUUUAAAGACCACGAGGGAAAACAUCAUCUGGUCCUACGACCUCUAAUAUUUGUCAAUGCCAAAGAUCAAGCCGACCCAGAAAUAGAAGUUCUAAAGAAAACAAUAACAGAACUUACAUUCGACCACCCAUGCUGGGGUGAAAGAAUGCCCAAUGCUUGUGUUCCACUAGAGCUAGAGAUCGCUGAACUAGUGGCAGAAGGAAAACAAAUAAUGUCAUUGGCUGAAGUUAAAGAAUUAAAUGCUAUCAGCGAGGUGUCUGUCCUGUCUCCUGAGCAGAUGACUGAUUUUCUACAUAUUCAUCAUUCUCUGGGGAAGAUUGUUUAUUUUGAUACCCCCCAGCUGAGAGAUAAUGUCAUGAUCAACCCCCUUCUUAUGGUGGAAGUUAUGAGAUCUUUUAUCACAGAUGUUGCAUUUUGGCCCAAAGAAAAUAAAACAAGGAAAACCUUCAAAAAGAUGUCUGAAAAUGGAAUGAUUCAAAAAGUAGACCUCUACCAGAUUUGGGAACAAGAAGAAUUCCGUCAGAUUUUACCAUUUAAAGAGUACAUAUUUGAUAUGCUGAUACAUCUAGAUAUCGUAUCCGAACAACGGAGAUAUGAUACUAAAACAGGAAGUCGUCUACCAUUAGAAAACUUCUUUGUACCCUGUAUGCUUACACAAAGAAAUGAUACAGAUUACUUGACACAAGAAUGUACACCAGAGAGGACUCUCAGUUUGGCCUUUGUUUUCAAAGGAACCAUCAUACCUCCAGCCUUACCAAACCGUCUAAUAUGUGCAUGUCUGAGUAUGUGGACAUUAAAAGAAUACCAAGGACGGAAACUUAUGUUUUCGGGGUUUGUUGGGUUAUCAUUUGAUAAAGAGCAUGAUAUUGUUGUCUGUGUAGAAGGAAAUAAGAUCUUUUUGCACCUAGUCCACAAGCGCUCCAAGGGUUUGAUAAUACCUGAUAUAGCCACCAGUGUCCGGGAUUGUUUGUUUGUUACUUUGGAGAGAAUAUCCGAAUUUUAUCAGUCAACUAUCCAUUGUAAAGCCAACAACAAGUUACCAUUCCACACUGAGUAUUCCUGCUCAAAAUUAAACUGUUUUACUCCAGAAGAAAAUAUGGUUGUAGAUACAGAGGAAUGUCUUUGCGAACAUGGUGAAAACAUUAAACACAACUGGAGAGUUUGGAAUCAGAAACUGGAACAAAUGCAGUGUGAUCCUAGUUGUCCAGGUUUGAGUGAAUAUUCUUUAGAUCAAAUUCCAAGUAACCCCGAGUUGCUUCGUCUUUCCUGUAAUUGUGAGGAAGACUUGAUACAUGAAUUAGCACUUCGUCUUGGAAUGGAAGAGAUAGAUUGGAGAGAUAUUGGCAAGAAUUACACAGGAAAUACACAGAUGGUCAAGUUUUUGACACUAAUUCACUUGAAAGAGAAUUAUUCAAUAUGUUUUGGAGAUCUAGAUAACAGUUUGCAAGAAAUGAAAAUAACAACACACACAUUAUGCAUGGUCAGGAGAAGAAAACAAGUGAAAUCUAAAAUUCCAGACGAUAUAUUAGAUUGUAUCCCUACAGAUGAAAUUUUAGACAAGCUAGCACCACAGAUUGGGAAAAUGGUUUUCCAACUUGGAACAGAACUCGGAUUGUCCAUAGCGGAUUUAGAAAAUAUCGACAAAUGUAGUACCAAUUUGACAGCCCAAAAUAAGGAAGUGUUAUUUACUUGGAGAAAAGACAGAUCAGUAAAACCUACAAUACGGGUCAUUAAACAAGCUUUAGUUAAUAUAAGAAAAGGUGUACGUUGUUUAGAGGAGGUUGUGAAGAACAUAGAUGCAAAAACAUUAAGAGCUGUGGAAAUAGUUACAGAUAAAAUCAGAGAUAAUGCAGACAGAAUCAUACAGGACAUACAAAUCAGUCAAAUUUUAGAUCAUAUGAUGACACAUCUGGUGAUAUCAGCAGACGACAGACGUGAUAUUGAACAUUAUCCUCGACAAGAUGAUCAGAGCAAAGCAUUGCUGGAUAUUGUGAUUAAACGGAGAGAACCUGCUUACAGUGUGUUUGUUGAUGGAUUAUGUAAUUAUGGAUACGAAGAUAUCGCUAAUGAUUUGAAAUGUGAUUUUAGUCCAAGUUCAACAUUAGUAUCUGCUGAAAAUGAAGGCUUUUCAGUCUGCAAUGUUCCAUUGUAUAAAGUUCGUCUGCAAAAGAAUUACGUUAAGGUUAUCACUGACGUACAACAUGAGAGCAUAGUAGAUCAUCUAAUAUCAAGAGAGGUAUUGUCAGUUGAUGAUGGGAAGAAGAUAGAAUCUGGUAAAACGCCACAGGAAAAGAACAGGAUUUUAAUGGACAUGCUUUUGCGUAAAAAUGAACAGGGAUUUAAUGAAUUUCUCAAAGCCCUACGAAAAGACUCAAUUUAUGCAGACCUAGCAGAGCAAAUAGAAAAGACCGAAGUUACUAGCACAGAUACGGCAACCCUUCAUAAAUGCUUGAAAUAAAAUAAAUGUAAUUUCUUUUAAGAAAAAACAGCUAGGAAAACCAUCAGUUAACAAUCAAUAGAAGGAGAUAUUGUCAAUCCAAUGCAUCACGAUUUGGUCACGUAAAAGAUCCACUGAAAAUUCAGAAAUUAUUGCGUGCAUUUAUUAUUGCCUUUUUUUAAAUGGACAAAAAUGCGAUAUUAAUUAUUGCGAUUCCAGGAGAAUCUUUAUACUAAUACAUGUAUCAGAUAUAAGAUUGUGAGUUCUUAUUAUUGCGAUACUUACUCUGUCGUAUUAUUCGCAUUAAUAAAAACCUCGAAAUAAUUUCUGAAUUUACAGUAUGAAUCACAAUGUAAUAGUGAUAGCAAUCAUGUAUCUUAAACAUAUUUCAUUUGUGAGUGUCAUGCAUGGCAAGGAAAAAGCUAAAAUAUGUACCCCUUUUAUGAGAGUUGAUUCCUAAACGUCAAUCCCAAUAUUCAUUUGACGUGGCUUGGUAGUUAUACAGCAUGUCAUUGUGUUAUUGUGUUAUUGUAAAUUUUUGUAUUCUCGCUUUCGUUUUUGCCAAUAUGCUUUGUCUAUAUGCCUUUUUGAUUUUUUUAUAGUGAUUUAGACUAUAACACAAUGUUUACUGCUGUAUCUUAUUUUUGACAGUUUCACCUAUUAAGUCUAUUUACUUUGUUCACACACUGGCGUCAAUAUAAUGGAAUUCAAUGCGACUUUUAUACAAGUGAUAGGUUUAACUAGCUAUAAACCAGGUUCAAUAUACUAUUUUCGACAUAAGCAAAUGUUUGUACAAAAUCAGGAAUAUGAAAGUUGUUAUCCAUUCAUGUAGCGUGUUUGAGCUCUUAAUUUUGCCAUUUGAUUAUGGACUUUCCAUUAUGAAAAUUUUUCCGAGUUCUGUAUUUUGAGCUAUUUCACUUUUUACCAGUGUUCGUUCCUAAACAAAUAUGACAAUAUUAUAAAACAGUCAUAACACAUUUGUUCAGGAAAAUAAUUUCAAAGUAAUUUAAUAGAAUUAUUGGAAACCAGAAUUGCCACAGUUUAUUAAGGCCACAUACGUCUAGAUGAACAAACCUUCGUGUUUUUUAUAAUAUAUAAUUUUGUAAACAGAUAAUUUGCACACGUGAUUUGUCAUAACUACUGCGCUGGUAAUACCCGUUAGAACGCAACAACCGCCAGGAGUGCCAUCAACCCGUUGAUUUUAAAAACUCGUUAAAUAUACUUAAUUUGUUAUGCUGGUGGGUAAACCAGCUGUGUCAAUUAAAUUUAAACUUAUCAUCAUGUGUAUAGGACCUUUUUUUUGUAUAGUUAAAUAAUACCAUAAAUUUACAUGUUGGACAGAGAUCAACUGAUAAACUGCUAGAUUGAAAUUGUUUGCAAAUACAUGGCUAUUAUCAAUUCUGUCUUUCUGUAAUGUGUAUACAAGUAUCCAUCUAUAUUUGUAAUUCACCAUUAACAAAGGUUGAAUUUCUGUAAAUAUAAAAAGUUCAAUUUCUUAUAUCCUUUUACAGCUUUAACUGUACCACUUUUACACUGAAGUUUCGUACGAAUUUGUAUCCAAGAAUGGAAAGUUCAUUAGCACUUUUGUUUUUUUUAGAGGUCAAAACAUAAGUCUGUGCAGCAUAUUUUAAACAAUUCUAUACCUCAAACUUAUAUGAGUUUAAACUGAUACACAAAUUAUGUACUUUCUCACCCUUCACGUUUGGUCAUACUCAGAAUUUAGUUUGUCCGCUACUCAUGUGUAUGUAUACUAGUUAAAAAUUCCCAAGGUUUGUAUCUUUGAGAUGAACUAUAGAUAUCAUACCAGUAAAUAAACAAAACAAAACAUAUAUCAAUAGUAUAUAUCUCCCCUAGAUACAAUAUCUAAUAUAUACUAUUUUAAUAAAUUUUGAAUAACCUACAUAGCUGCAAUUAGGUUAUUACGAGUUUCAUUUCAUUCGUAACUGUGUAUAUCAAUCACUUAAAGCUGUUCAACAAUACUUUAACCUUUUAGCCCCCAAUCCCGCCUGUAGGCGUGAUGGCGACAACCAUUCUGUGAUGGCCCGUAUAACCCUCUAUAAUUUUUUUGAACUGCCCCAGCUGAACUGUCAUGAUAGCAGGGACUUCAACCAAGCUAGCCAUGGUCCAAAAACUUUUCACAGAUGUCUGUUCAUGAAAAUAUGGCACUUUGAAAGCUGUUUAAUAUUUCAAAAUCGGAAAAAACGUGAAAAGUAGCCAAAAUCAGGUGGGGUGAGCAACUGUUUGUGGCCACUACGUAACUGGUAGUGACUGUAGGUAUAAACUUUUAUUAUAAAUGCAUGCAUAGGUGGUACAAGAACACAACGAGCUAUAAUAUGGCCAAUAGGAAUCUAGUCUGUAAAAUAUAGCUCACCGUUUUGUCAAAAAUCCAUAAAAACGGACAUUUGGGCAGACCUGAUUUGACAAUAAUAAUUCCCCAGCAAGACACUUAAGUCCCAUAUACUCCCAGUUAGCAUAAAAGGACUGCUGUACCUAUAGGGUAAUACUUGAAUGACAAAGAAACAGUCUGGUCAAUGUUCACCUCUCAAGGUCGUUUUAAAAUCGAAAAAUAGACGGAAAAUUACCAUUUUUCAGUGGGGGUGUGUUCAAACCCACGAAAAAAUAUUCCAUCUUCCACCCCAACCCCCAUCCAUGCCAUCCACCACAAAUUCUCAAUACAUAGUUUAAAAGAUGACCAUCAGUUACAGCAUCAAGAGUGCAUAUAAUUUGCAUAUGAUUGCAAAUUUUCGAAAAUGCCUGAAUUUCCAGAAAUCUCUAAUGGGCGAAUGAGUUAAUAGUUAAUUAGUUCCUCUGAGUUCGGUAUUUUUGUGUUUUUGCUUUUUAGUUAUAAAUGUAAGUCUAAUGGAUACUUAAGUAUGCACAUAUGAAAUUACUAAAUCAGAGACCGAAUCUUGUCUUUCAUGCAUUUCAGAUUUUCUAAAUUCUUGACAGUAGCUUGCUGUUAUGGUGUUCAUCGAGCAGCUACUUUAAAUGUAAACUUGUAAAUAAAAAUGUCUCUUCAUCAAUAAGGUUUUGAACAAAAAUGCAACGAUAUGCUCAUAUUAUGUAAAUUUAGUUAUUGCUUAAAAAAACAAAGUUUUUGACAUAAUGCAUCUGUUCUAUCAAAUGAAAAUAUUUUUCAUUCAUCAGAAAAAACGGAUUUUGAAUCCAAAUAGAUCAGUGAUAAUCACAGAAUCAUUAUUUAUUUUUCUAAACAAGAUACUCAAAUAAUCAAAAAUACAGUUCUAGAUUAUCAAAUAAUUAAAUAAUCAUAAAAUAUUUGGUCUGGUAACUGAAUAACCAAAUAACCACAAUAAAAACAGCUGAAUAAAUAAAUACUCAAUAACCCCAUGAGGAGUCUUUUUGUCGGAUAUGAUUUUGCAACAAUAAUAAUAGUUUGAUUUCAUGCUUGAUAAUGUUUUCCUUGCACUCAAUCACCCCAAAUUUGUACUAUAAAAUCUUGUGCCAGAUUUGUCAUCAAUUUGUCAGCCUUUUUCAAUGCUUAUACAUUUUGCCUUCAAACAGCUAGUUAUAAAUUAAUACAAUUGUUUUAUUUUAAAUAUAUAGAAACUUUCUUAUUUGCAAAUUUAAUAUGAUAUGAUACAGUUGUGUUUUUGUUGUUGAUGUUAUUAUUGUAGCACUAUAUGUGUGUAA